UUGCGGAGUGGGGAAGGCGGGGGCGCGGUGGUGGCGGGAGCGUCCCUGGUCUCCGCCCCUGUUUCCCACUCUCCUUCUACCUCCGACCGUCCGGGGCUCCGGAGCGGCACCGCUUGCCCGUCCCCCGGAGCCGCCCUGCCGCCGCCGCCUCCUCCCUCCGCUCGCAGUGAGCCCGUCAGUCCCCGCACGGUGUGCGCUCCUCCGUCUGGGCCAUGGAUGGCGGGGAUCUGAUGAGCUUCUUUCUUCUGGCAUCAUUAACGGACCUUUUACCAUGAACAGUUCUACUCCUGCAGGUGUGUAUGCUAAUGGGAAUGACAACAAGAAAUUUAAAGGAGAUAGACCUCCCUGUUCGCCUUCUCGUGUUCUCCAUCUUCGCAAAAUUCCAAGUGAUGUCACCGAAGCAGAGGUCAUAUCUUUAGGUCUACCAUUUGGCAAAGUAACUAAUCUUUUGAUGUUGAAAGGAAAAAGCCAGGCUUUCUUAGAAAUGGCUUCUGAGGAAGCUGCUGUUACUAUGGUGAAUUAUUACACUCCUGUUACUCCACACCUUCGAAGCCAGCCUAUUUUUAUUCAGUAUUCCAAUCACAGAGAACUUAAGACUGACAAUCUACCUAAUCAAGCUAGAGCCCAAGCUGCACUGCAGGCUGUCAGUGCUGUCCAGUCGGGAAGUCUGGCCCUUCCCGGAGCUCCUACCAAUGAAGGCACAGUCCUACCUGGGCAGAGCCCUGUGCUCCGAAUAAUCAUUGAAAACCUUUUUUACCCUGUUACUCUGGAAGUUCUUCAUCAGAUAUUUUCUAAAUUUGGCACAGUCUUGAAAAUUAUCACCUUUACAAAGAAUAAUCAGUUUCAAGCCUUGCUUCAGUAUGCUGACCCAUUGAAUGCACAAUAUGCCAAAAUGGCUCUGGAUGGCCAGAAUAUCUAUAAUGCAUGCUGCACUCUGCGUAUUGACUUCUCCAAGCUCACCAGCCUUAAUGUGAAAUAUAAUAAUGACAAAAGCAGAGACUUCACUCGCUUAGACCUUCCUACUGGUGAUGGCCAUCCAUCCCUUGAACCCCCUAUGGCUGCUGCUUUUGGUGCACCAGGUAUAAUUUCCUCACCAUAUGCAGGGGCUGCUGGAUUUGCCCCAGCCAUUGGAUUUCCUCAAGCUACAGGUCUGUCAGUCCCAGCUGUUCCUGGAGCUCUUGGUCCUCUCACAAUCACCUCCUCUGCUGUCACUGGAAGGAUGGCCAUUCCUGGGGCUAGUGGUAUACCAGGGAAUUCUGUUCUGCUUGUCACCAAUCUCAAUCCUGAUCUUAUCACACCACAUGGGCUUUUUAUCCUAUUUGGAGUGUAUGGUGAUGUACAUCGAGUGAAGAUUAUGUUUAAUAAAAAAGAAAAUGCCUUGGUUCAGAUGGCAGAUGCAAAUCAAGCUCAGCUAGCAAUGAACCAUCUGAGCGGUCAGAGACUUUAUGGAAAAGUGCUUCGUGCUACACUGUCCAAACAUCAAGCAGUUCAGCUUCCUCGAGAGGGACAAGAAGACCAAGGUCUGACUAAGGAUUUUAGCAAUAGUCCUUUGCAUCGCUUUAAAAAGCCUGGCUCUAAAAACUUCCAGAAUAUUUUUCCGCCGUCAGCCACUCUGCAUCUUUCCAACAUCCCCCCUUCUGUUACAAUGGAUGAUCUGAAGAACCUUUUCACAGAAGCUGGAUGUUCAGUGAAGGCUUUUAAAUUCUUUCAGAAAGAUCGCAAAAUGGCCCUUAUUCAGUUGGGAUCUGUGGAAGAAGCAAUCCAGGCUCUCAUUGAGCUUCAUAACCAUGACCUUGGAGAAAAUCAUCACCUCAGAGUUUCCUUCUCAAAAUCUACAAUCUGACUUUCCUGUGAAUUUUUCUCCUAAGACUGGACCAUAAUUUCAGUAAAACGUUCAGACAUGGACUGAAGCAGCUCAAGACCAAUUCUGCCUCUUUUACAAAAAUAAUUCUUUCUGAGUUUGAUAUUCAAGUAUAUUCAAAAAAUUAAGGGAUGUUCUUUUUCCCCGCCUGCCAAUAUGUAGUGAAAGGUUUGAUUUUCCUUUAUACCAUAGUUUCUAUGAAAAUAAUCUUCAGGAAAAAAAUUUUUUGUCAAUAAUUUAAUUCCCCAUAUUAAAUUGGAUUUCAAGAGGACAGACUUUCUUUUAGUUUGGAUCCAGAUCAGCCUUAUACAUUUCUAAACUCUUUUGUACUUUAAAAAUUUAAACAUAUAAACUUUUAAAAUUACUCAAUGUAAUUUAAAUUACUUAAAACCAAGUUUUUAACUUUAUGAUUCAGAACUUUAACUCCCAUAGGAAAUUAUGUUCAUUUAUAAAUUAUGUCAAUUAUUUGGCAUAUAUUGAUAGUUAUACAUGAACGAAUUGUGUUGUAUUGGAAGCAGAUUUAAACUUGCAUGUUUUCUUUCAAAAAAAUUUUUUUUUUUUUAGUGGAAGACACUCCUUUGAAUAUUGCAUAUCUUUAACUUUUUAUGACUAUUUGGAGAAACAAAGUGUCUUAACUGUCCCCAAGGCAAUUAAGUGGAAUCUAACCAAGAUCUAUUAAGGUGUCAGAAUAAUUAAUAAUUUUAAUAGGAAAAAUCAUGUUUUAAAUUUCAAAAUGGCACUUAUUUGCUGAGUAAUAUAACAUGAUCUUGGAAAAUUUUAAAAAGGUAAUUCUACUUAUAAACUACUUUUUUACAAUUAUUUUCAGAAAAAAGUUUACAGUCUUAAGGAAAAUAUUCAGGUCUAUCAUAUGGUUUGACAGAUUUUUUAAAGUUAUUUUUGGUAAGGUCUUCUUUUAGAAAAAAAAUCUCAAGGGUUUUUUGUACCACUAUAAUCUGUAAUACUUAUUCAGAAUUACUGUGUAUUUAGUUAAUUUCUUAUUAUGUGCCUUAUUAUGUGCUUAUGAUACAAUAGGUUAGAGUUUUAUCUAAGUAUCUUGAAAGCUAUAUUGUGGGCUUGGUGAGCAUUUGUUUUUUUCUUUCCCUGUUUUAGUAAGGAUUUUAAAGUUUUCUUCAUUGCAAUUUUAAGUGGUUUUCAAUAAGUAAUAGUUUUUAUUCAAAUUUAUGGUGCUUUAGUGCAGAGAUGGGGUGGGGAAGGGUAAAUGGUUUGGGGAAUAACUCAGUGCACACCUGUAGGCCUCUUCACAUUGUGACCAGUAGCAGUCAUUGUCAGUUAUAGCAUACUGUUUGGGGGCUAUGAAAUGUGAUCUCAGUUUCUGGAUCUUGUCUAAUCUUUAUCAUCAGAAUUUGUCUCAGGAUUACUUGGUUUUUCUCAGUACUCUAAUGAGAACUUGCUUUUCUUUGUUAAUGUAACUUCAUUACUGAGUGCCCACACAUAUGGAGUAUGAGAAGGUAGAAAGUAGAUUCCUUCUCAUUCUUUGUCCCUCUGGCUUUUUGGUUGAAUGUAAGAACAGUAGUUGUAUAAUGUAAAAUUGUUUCUUUUUAAUGAGAAACUGCGCUUUUGUUAAUUCCUUUAAUGCUCGACCAGAUUUUUUUUUUUAAACAAUUUGUCAAAAGGGAUAUUUUUGUCCACCCCUUUUACACUUUUCAGAUUCUCAGAGUGGCUCAUCUCACCUUUUAAAAUAUAUCAAUCUCUUUGCUAUAUUCCAGUCAUUAAUUUGAACAUAAGAAGGUUUCUACAAAAGAAAUUUCACAAAAACUUGGAGACCACAAAAGAUUUUAAAGAUUGUUAAAAAGCAGAAUCCACUCAACACUGAGCAACAGUUAGGUGUUAGAAAAGGAAGGAGGACAUUAAGUUGAGACUUUUCAAGUGGAUCGAUUUAGCAUUGGCUGAAUAGAUAGGUAUAAUCGUUUAUCAGGUUUUUAUUUUUUCACUUAUGAAAUCUAUCUUUAGCAAAACACUUCUGUUAAGCGGGGAGGAAAACAUUUAUUUAAGAAAUCUCCCAAAAUAUGCUUCUUUUUUCCUUCCAUAUAUAGGCACUAUGAUAAUUUUUAGUGGCAUGUUAAAUUGGAUUAUUUCAUUUACUCUGAGUUAAGAAUUACAGUGUAAUUUAAAAUCGUGAUUCUCGUAACAUUCAGUGUAAGUGUAGCAAAAAGUGUAGCAGAAGGGCGAUCAUAAUGGUGUUGAAUGUAAUUUCGAAAUAGGGCAUGGCCUUUAAAUCCAGGAGAGAACAUUGGAAUCCUUUUCAGGGAUUUGUGUGUGUGUGUGUGUGUGUGUGCGCGCGCGCGUGUGUGUAUAGAUAGUAUAUAUAUACACUCUUCUAAUGUUGUACAUACAUAUGCACAUUACAUACAUUUUAAUUUAUUGACAAAGAAAAUCAAAUUAAGAUUUGGAAAAGUGAGAUAUUAUAUAAAAUAGUGUGUUUGAAACCAUCAAUCUGUGUCUUAAAAUUAGCUGUAGCACAUGGUUGUUGUCUGUACUGGGCUAUUUGCUGUUUGAAUUCUAGAGGUCUACAGUCUUUGUGUUGGCAUAGUUUCUGUAAAAAGAUUAAAAAAUAUCAGGGUAGUGGAAAAACUAGAUCUUUAUAUUUUUGUUUUGGCAUGCAUUUACUAGAUAUCUUCUAAGCAAUGCUUUUGCUGUUGAGCUGUCAUAGUAUUCUAUUUUUAAGUUUAUUUACUUUAUUUUAAGGGGUAUUGUCAUCACUUUUAGAGAUGUCUUGACUUUUACACAAAAUAUACAUAUUCAGGACUUUAAAAAAAUAGUAGUACACGUUUAACAGUAACAAUUUAUGCCAAAAUGUUUUACUUUGAGAUUUAAAUAACUUACAGAGCAGUAACAUGUGUUUUGUGUGAGAUACAAAUAGAAAAAUGACCCAGUAUCUUAAUUGAUAACUUACUGGAGAGUAUCAGAAUUACCCAAUAGCUCCUACAGAAUGCCAUAAAUUCUCUAAGUCUAAAUAUUAAUAAUCAUUUAUUUGUAGUAGUAAUGUUUCCAAUUUCGUUGUUGAAAGUUGCAGAUCUCUCACAGUCUUUAGAGACAUAUUUCUGCCUACGUAAUUCCUAUGGGAGUGGAGCACUGCUUUCUUUGGCUCCACCUAGGUUGGAGAUCAUAAGUUCUACGUCAGUUGACUAGAAGUAAACUCUCAUGAAUGUCUGUUCAGUUUCAUGUUGAAUUGUCUAAUUUAAUUUAUGACAUAUUAGGCAGCAAAGUUUAAAUAUACAUUGAGUAUAUUAUCAUAUGAUUUCUCUUCUGUUCCCCAUAAAUAUUUUUGGAUAAGAGAUGACAAGCUCAAAAGUAGGUGGUCUCCCCCUCAACGAGUCACUUAAAAACCCUUUUUGCCAAAUUAUUAGUCUGUCUUUCAGAAAACCUAAUGUGUACUGCUAUUUUUAAAACCAAAAAGACAACAUGACUAUGCGUAAAAGCAUUUUUCUUAGUCUUUCCUUUGUCUUGAUCUGUUGUUAACAAGAAUAGAACUGCCAGACUCAAAAUAUUCUACUAUUGUGCUAAAAGAAAUACAGUUUAGAUUGCACAGAACUUUUCCUUUAAAGAAAAUAUAACUCAGCCGUUUUUUAAAAGAGCUGUGUUGUUAUCUACAAGACUAUUUACAGUCUUUUUUCAGAGCAAAUUCUAACAGCUAGUUGUAAAUUAUUUAAAAAAUAGAAAAUUACUAAAAUAUUAGUUUAGGGGUUUUAUAGAGGGAGAAAAACAAAACGGGACCAAAGUUUAUGUGCCUUCUUCAGUAGUCUUAAUUGACCUUUUCUUCCUAUUCGAGACUAAGAUGUAGUAUCAGUAUUCUGGUUUUCAGGAAAUAUGUACUAUAUAGUUAUAAAAGAAUGUUAUCCCACAGACUAUUCAUCCAAGCAAAGAAUUGUAACUGUAUAAAUGAAGUCUCUGUUACACUCUUGCCUUUAUCACAUAAUAUUCAUUAUGUAGCAUUGUGGAGGUCCAAGAACAGAGCUGCUCUGAAUCUCUGUGAUAGUCAUUUUUAGUUUUUGUAACCUGAGGCAUAUGUUCCAGAGAACAGGGAUAUUCGUCUGGUCCAGUGACCUUGGUGAUAAUAAUCAUGAUUGAAAGCUGCUUAUGGCAAGCUUAAUUCAGCACUGUAAACAGAUUUUCGUUCUUAUGUUAUUUUCAAUUUUUGAAUCUAUGUCGUAGUUGUAAUAACAAAUUUAAAUAGCUAUUUUUGAUGUCAUACUCUGGCCUUUUCCCACUUACUGUUGUUAUUCAGAUAUUUAAAAAAAUUCAUCCCACAUCCAGAUAGUACUAAUUAUAAAGAUUGCUGACCAAGCAAAGUUUUGCAUCAAAAUGUCACCUCAUUGCUCUGACCAAAGACUGACUUCUGGUUUUUACUCAUUUCUAUUAAGCAUUUUUUUCCCAAGCUCCUUUCUGAAAGAAGACCUAGUGCAAAGCGGCCUUUACUUUCUAUUUCUUAUUGGUGAAUAGACUACUUAGAGAAAAUGGGAGUUUAAAUGUGAACUGAAUGAACUAGGAUAACAAGGUUUUGAUGGACAUUUUCAGUACUGUAUUUAAGAAAAAAAAAUAGCACAGUUAGGAGCCUCUGACAUUGUCUCAUGUUUUACACGGUCUGUUCAUUAAAUUCCCUUUUUCAGUUCAUAAGAAUGUUCAUCUAACAGAAGAUACUGUAAAUAUUUGUAACAACAUUUUUUUUUAACCAGGCCAAAAAAGAAAAAAAAAAAAAGGUUUUUGGGAACAACUUAACAUAUAAAAUGAUUUUAUAUAAAACAUCAAUUGUCUUGUAUAUUUUGAUAAGCAGCAGUACCAGCUUUCAUUUGUAACACAGUUUGUGGCAUUGGAGAAAAAGGAUUCUGUGAUUGUUGAAGUGAAUUGUUAUAAAUGCAAAGAGAAGAUAAAAUAUUAAAAAACAUUUUCUAAAUGCGUAGUGCAUGGUUAAUUCAAGCUUCUGUACACUACAGUAUAUUCCAUUUUCAUUCAAUUUGUAUAUUUGCUGACUAUUACUUAAUAUCUCUAAUCUCUUUUCCUAACAAGUAUAGCAUUGUAGCAUGCCUUUUAAUAAAUGUCAUGACAUCUGUACUCUCUUAAAA